GUGAGGCUGAUGUCGUAGGUGCUGAAUACAGAUGGAAACUUGCCAUGUCUGCUUCUUCAUAGGUCCGUCAUGGGUAACACGAUGGGGAAGGCUAAGGAUGAGCCGGUGAAAACCGUCUUGUUUGAGAGGGAGCCAGGUGGUGUGACCUACAGAAUCCCUGCUCUUGUUUACCUGCAGCACAGUCAAACCUACCUGGCUUUUGCUGAGAAGAGAGACUCCCCCGACGACAAGGAUGCAAAGGUUUUGGUGAUGAGAAGAGGCACGCUGAAUGAGGACGGGACUGUGGAGUGGUCGCCCAUUCAGGAGUUGAGCACGGCACGUUUGCCAGGUCAUCGCUCCAUGAAUCCUUGCCCUGUGUUUGAGAAAACCAGCAGAAAGUUGUUUUUAGUUUUCAUCUGUGUCUAUGGAAAGGUCACUGAACAGUGGCAGAUUAGGACAGGUGAGAACAAGACACGCUUAUGCUGCGUCACUAGCAGCGACGUCGGUCAGACCUGGAGUCCAGUGAGGGACUUGACAGACGAGGCAGUUGGCGGUGAAUUACACAACUGGGCGACAUUUGGGGUGGGACCAGGACACGGGGUUCAGCUGGAGAACGGAAGGUUGGUCGUCCCGGCCUACACCUAUUACAUUUUAAGCCGGUCUUGCUCUAGACCUUGUAAAGUCCGCUCGUACGCGCUGUCCGUGUACAGUGAGGACUGUGGUGAGACGUGGCGUGUGGGAAGAAAGCUGGAUCAAGAGUCAUGUGAGUGUGAAAUGGCAGAGGUCAUCGACCAGGCGGGGGGGGGCCACCUGUACUGCAACGCCCGUCGCUCAGGGGGUCACAGGUGCGAGGCUGUCAGUGAAAAUAGUGGCACUUCCUUCUCAGCUCAAAUAUCUCCACUGCUACUGGAACCACGUUCUGGUUGUCAAGGCAGUGUCGUCAGUUUCCCUUCAGAUGGGACUACAGAGACCCAAACCUGGCUCCUCUUCAUGCACCCCACUCACAAGUGCAAGAGGCUGGACAUGGGUGUGUAUUUGAACCGCUCUCCUCUGAACCCGUCAGGAUGGGACAAACCCAAAAUCAUCCACAGAGGACCCAGCGGGUACUCGGACCUGGCUUACUGCAGGGACACCAACCGCUUUUCAUGUCUGAUGGAGUGUGGAACACGGAGUGAGCUGGAGCACAUAGCCUUUGCGUCUUUCACUCUCAGUGAGGUCAAAAAGUAGUGAUUGUGUCUUCAUGUCAUCAUUUACAGUGUAAAAUGAAUAUUGACUGAAUUGUACGCAAUGUAACAAUAAUGAAGCCAUAAAAUACCAGGAUAUUCAUCCGUUCAUUCCAAAUCUGAUC